AUGACUGAGGAUCCAGCAAUUCAAGCUGCUUUUGGGCCGGCCCCAUCUAAUAUUGACCUCACUGCUAGUGAGAUAUCCGUCAACAAUGGUGCGGUCAUUGCAAUGUUCUGUCUAGCUGCAGUGUUGGUCAUCUUACGCUUCACUGCUCGAAUUUUCCUCCGAAAUGCUUUGAUGGCAGAUGACUGGGCAAUCAUUGGGGCACUAAUCUGUAUAGGUGCUACGACGGGACUCAGUGUCGCGGGCGGCACUACUGGUUCCGGAAAGCAUAUUUGGGCAGUCAAGCUAGAUGAAUUGAUGGCCUUGUACAGGAUUCUAUACUCCUACACCUUCCUCUACGCCUCCGCAUGUACUUGCACCAGACUUUCCAUACUCUUUUUCUACAAACGCGUCUUUUCCCCUUUAGAGCGCCCACUGCAAGUGGCCCUACUCUUCGGUGGUUUUCUUACUCUCUCAUACCCCAUCAUCGUCUGGGUAACUAUGGGGAAUGCUUGCAAACCCGUCAGCUACUUUUGGACCCAAUUCAGCGGCACAGAGGGACAUUGCAUCAAUGUCACACAGUUCUUUUUCGCAGCGGGAAUCCUUAAUAUGCUGAAUGAUUUCGUCGUCUUAAUUAUUCCCUUCCCGCGAAUUAUCCGGCUUCAAAUGAGCGUGAAGAAGAAAUCAGCAAUAUGUGCUAUCAUGGCUGUGGGCAUCUUUGUCUGUAUUGCCAGUAUUGUGCGCAUUCACUAUCUAUCUGAGUUUUCGAAUGCCAUCGACGUGACUUGGCUCAUGGGACCUGUAUUCAUCUGGUCAACCAUCGAGCCGUCGGUCGCGAUCCAAUCCAUCGGCAUUUCUUCGCACAGGGCACGAAGACCUCACAAUGGUUCGGAACAAGGUCCCCAUCAUGGUAAAAGGACCAGUGGCCGUGGGCCAACGUUUGAUUUUGGGCUUGAGCAGAUGAAGAGGAAGGCAAACGACGACGAAAUCGGGCUGACGAACUGCGUUACUGUUGGUCCAAAUGGGAACACAUAUCCCUCGAACGCCUCGGUGUCCGAUGAUUAUGGCCACGACCAGUCUAUUGCGGUACAUUCGGAUUUUGUGCAGUCAUCAUCAAGGCCAUCAUUUUAG